GGCAGAGGGGAGCCAGCGGAGCGGAAGUGCAGCUGAAAGGAUAGUUGAUGAAGACACCUUCAAGUCAUUGAGUGUUGCCAGGAUGGAAAGGGAAGAGGAACAGAGAGCACAUCAAUCCAUUGUUGACAGGAGUGGGGGAGCCCUGAGCUUGGUUUUCUGCUCUUCCUCCUCCCCCCGCACCUAAAAAGUUCUCUGGCUCCUGAAAGGAGAGGGAAGAGCACUGUCUACCUCCUGCAACAGUCCAGAUUGGCUGCUGUUCCCCAGGAGGUGGGAAUGGAGGACGCACAGAGCUCCUGGCCUGAUGUGACAGAUGAAGAUUAUACAGAAUCUAAGCUCCCCCCCCCCCUUGGUGGUGGGGGAGAAGGAGGAGGAAUUCUAGCUCUUCUGGUUGCAAAACUAACUUUCCAAAUGUGAAUCAAGUGUAAGCUGAUGAAGUGAUGAUUUUCCGAGUUUGGAGACAUCUUGAAGCAAUGGCAUUGGGAGAUUUGAACUCCUCUAUUCCCUAUUAAUUACACUGGCGUGUCAACUCUGCCCAGUGAUGAGACUUGCAUAUGAACAUUAGCUAUUUAACUGCUGAUUACUUUAGAAUGGGGAAAGAGCAUGGGGUGAGGGGGAGGAUUGGGAGUUGCUGCAGGAAAGAAAGUGCAGAAGGAAUGCAGGGGAAAACCAUGAGGACAGAGAACAGGGAAUGAAGAAAACAGGAGGAUGGAGAGGGAAGGGAGGAGGUAGAAAUAGCAGUGAUCUUCCAUUUCCUGAUGGGAAAAUGUGUUCAUCAAAGUUCUGAACAAAUAAAAACCCAGAGCUUAUUUAGUAGAUAAGGGCCAUAUCAUCUAUGUAAACCUCCCAUUGACAGCAGUGGACAUUCUUCUAUGGGUUGAGGGGAGUAUGGAAUCCUAAUUUUGUGUCUCAGUGCAUGUCCCAUAAUUAAAAAUGGGACUCAGCCCUCUCUAAUGAAAGUUGGACAUCCCUGCUGUAGUGGCUUGUAAGGGAGAUAGAAAACUCUCUCUGCUAGGAGGGAAGAUGCAGUAUUUUGCAGAGCCACUGCCUUUCCACAGGUAGCUGUAAGGAGCGCUAGGACUCAAACUUGGGUCAGCAGACUAACCAGGUAACUAACACCUCCACACUGCCACUUGGCAGCAGCUGUAAAUAGGUUGCUCCUGGCAACUUGCAGAUCACAGUGGAUGUACGCUAUGGGAAAUCCUGCCUGACAGACCUGAUUUGGCAGCUUCCUGGGAGGCUCCUGAAUGGUCCUUUGGCUCCAUAUAAGCCCACAGGCAUACCAGGAAGUGCUCAGGUAGGCUGCCAUGACUGACUCUGCUCCUGGCAUCAACUUUGGCUCUGACUUGGAUUCUGCCCCUUGCCCUGAAUCUGGGAUCCUGACCUUAGCCAAGAAAUCUGACUUUGAGCUGCUCAAGCCCUGCCCUACAACCCUGAAAGUAGGAUGGAGAGAAACUCAGUGGAAGAAUAGUGGCUGUGAAAGGCGUCUGUGACAGGGGCAUGCCCUUUUCUGCAAUAACUGUGACUUUGAGUCCCUCCCUCACACCCUUUCUGGAACAUCACGAUACGCCCCCUCGGGGAAAGAGAAAAGAGUCCAUGGUUGGACCACCCAAAAUGGCUGGAUUGGUGUGUGUAUAAUGUGUGCAUAUGGAGCAUCUCGCUGAAGUCAAGAGUAACUUUUUGAAGGGCAAUGUUACUGUAGAAGAUUAGUCAGAUGCCUUCUGUACAUUCUCCACAUCACAUGCUGUCUCACGCAAGCUUUGAAACACUGACCACAUAAUUUAAAUGAAUGAAUAGUUAGGUAAGCAUAAUGGAAGGCACUCAUACUAUCCUCCAAUUGCACAGGCCCAUUAUGGAACUCUGUUACGUCAGCUUCUAUCUUCCAAAGGGAAAGGUCAGAGGAUUUACAUACAAGGGCUGUGUAACUCUAGACAAAUCCAAUAAACGUUUUCAUAACUGCUUUCAAGUAAGAGAAGGGUCAGAGACAGCAGAACCGAGAGAGCAACCUUAUGAAAAUGUUGGAGAUAUUUUUUUCAAGCAAACUACCACUAAAGAUAUUCUCACUGAGCUGUAUAAACUAACUGCUGAAAAAGAGAGGCUGUUAGCUAACCUGCUCAGUUCACACAACAUUCUGGCUAUUAAAAUGGGAAAUCAGGAGGGGAUGCUACAGGAUGCCUCUGGAGGACUGAAAUUUAAAGAUGAUGAUCUCUUAAGUUUCAAGGAUCAGCAGGAAAUCAUUUUGGGAUCCACAGAUCAGAAACCCAACUUGAGAAACAAAAAGAUGAGGAAAACUGGCAGAAGGAGAGAGAGCUUGGAGGAGUUCAUAAACAAGAAAGUGAAAAAGAAGGUUCAAGGCGAUUUGGAACCUUCUGUGUUAAACAGGACAGACAUGCAACUGGGAAAUAAAAGGACAUUUCCCACCAAAUGUUCUGCUGGCAGCUCUCCAGGUUCCUUUUCCAAUUCUAAUUGGCAGACAGUAGAAGACCAGGAUGAUUUACCAUUUGACGUAAAUAUACCACCAGAAAGAUGGAGAAAAGAUGGCGAUUUUCUUGAGUGCAGUGGGACUUUGAAAUCAGAUACAGACCUGUCUGAUUCUCUAUCUGAAUAUGACAAUGAUGUGUUUGGAAGUUGUAUUACACAUCCCAGUGCUGGUCUACUGGGUGAUGCAGAGGCUACUCUUAAAGUAAUGAAGGUGCAGCACAGCAGCCCUUUGUUGAACUCUUUCCAAGACAGUUUAUCUAACAGAUUUGAGGCCUUAAACGAGACUGCAGCAGCUGAAAGCCUGCAUGGUUAUGAGUAUACUGAGCAGACCUACAGUGAGAAACCUGCAGCCAGAGUUGUUGCUAAAGUACAGGAUUUGAGAACGUGUAUUCAGAAAGUUAUAAAAACUCCUACAGAGUCUGAUGGUAGCCUUUCUUACACUGAUACUCAAGAAGAUAAGGAAACUGUUAAACCUGUUCUCUCUGAAGUGUGCAGUGAAUUUAUACCAAAAGCUGAGGUAUUCAGUAUAGGUGAAGCUACUGUAGCCUCUAAAUACACUGUGAUGCAGGAAAAGGAACGCAGUGGCUGUGUUUUGCAGUGCAAAGAAGAGAGACCGCAGAUUACUGAUGAGUCAUGCAACCUUGUGGGAGCAGUCAAUAAAACCCUUCUGAAAAUUAUCCAGAAUGACAGUUUAGAUGAAGCUGCAGAAUGGAAGAGACUACAACAAAUUACAAGAGCAGACAAAAACCUACCAGGCUCAAUUUAUGACAAAAGAGCUACCGUACCCCAGGAGAGCAACAAACGUCUGUUUUUAAAUCUGCCAAUACAUUUAAGAACUGAUAUUUCUCAGACAAGCCCUAACAUUAAACCGGAAGAGAAAAGGCCGCUAUCACCCUCUAUAGUUGCUGUCUGUAAUGUUUUUAGUCAUUCACAUUCAGGAUCCAACGCACACAAACAAAUGUCACCUAUUCCUUCUCCUAUAUCUUCGAGAUUGCCUAGUCCACAGCUGCACCAUAGGAUUCUUCCACUACCUACACAGAACACUGAGGAAGAAUCUGUGUUGAAUGACUAUCGCAGUGGGAGACACGAUGCCACAAACCUCUCCUUUGCUAAUGAUUUGGAAUCACAGUUCUAUCUGAAGUUUCCUGAAUCUGGAGAAUUGGGAUUUUCUGUAAGACAACCGGGCCUACAUCAGUGCACAACCGGAGAGUGUUUGCAAAAAUGCACUAUCCAAGAAAAACUAACUACUCCGACACAACAGCAGCAGCUAUGUUCAGGUAUUCCAGCAGAGACUGCUUUGAAGGAUGGCUUCACUGAACAACCAACUAAUGUAGAUGUCACAAACAGAGAUGAAGAUGUCUGGGUUUUGGGUUGCAGGUUGGGACAAUCUGUGCCAUUUGCAGAUUAUAAUGAGGGAGAAAGAGUCAACAGAAAUAUAUUGCAUCUGAGCCUCGACCUGAAUCCUGACCUAAAUCCCUCAGAGCAAGAUGACAAAACUCCAGGGAAACUCCAGGCUGUCUGGCCUCCACCUGAAAUCAACGAGGGAAAAGAAAAAGUGGGGUUGAAGUACACUGAAGCAGCGCACCUAAAACUUUACAAGGAGGGACCACCAGAGUACCAUGCUGCAAUUUUGCAAUUAAAGAGGGAAAACAAGGAAGAAGUUGAAAACUUAAAGUCUCAGUUUGAACUCCAGAUCUUUCAUAUUCGUGGAGAGCAUGCUGUAUCAAACACAAAGCUUGAGGAAACCAUUGCAAAUCUCAAGAAUGAACUGGAAAACAAAUUAAAUAGAAGAAAUGAGAAAACAAAGGACGUCUGUGUAUCCACUGAAGAUGAUAAUCCACCAAAGACGUACAGAAAUGUAUAUAUACAAACUGACAGAGAAACCUUCAUAAAGCCUAGUAAAGAGGAAAAUAUACCUGUGAAGAAUAACCAAAUGGUACCUAAAAAGCUUAAUAUUUCUACUUUAAAUUGCAGUAUUUCUGCCCCAAAUGAGAAUAAGGAACCAUGUCACUGUACACAGACUUCAGAAAGUCUCUUAUCUUGUGAACAGAAACCAGUGUUAGUAUCUCUAACACCACCCCCACCACCUCCUCUUCCUGAACCUUCACUACCAGCUUUAGUUCCUCCACCACCUCCCUUGUUAACAGGUUUGGCAUCCACUCCAUUGACAUCCCAGUUUGGAUCUGGGCCACAGCCAUUUCCUUCAGGUUGUGGAAAUCUUCCGCCGCCGCCACCACCACCACCGCCGCCACCACCACCCCCCCCAGGUUUUGGGCCUCCCGGUCCACCACCCCUGCCUGGCUGUGGGCCACCUCUACCGGGAAAUGGGCCUCCUCUUCCACCGCCACCUCCUGGGUUCUUUUUCAAUAGCACUCAGUCUUCAAACCAAGGUCCUCGCAAACCUGCCGUUGAACCUAACUGUCCCAUGAAGCCUUUGUACUGGACUAGGAUACAAAUCAAAGACAGCAGCAAAAUAUCUGUACCAACUUUAUGGGACUCAUUAGAAGAACCUGACAUAGUUGAUACUAGUGAAUUUGAAUAUUUAUUUUCCAAAGAUGCAGUUCAGGAAAAAAGAAAACGCUUAUCAGAGUCUUAUGAAAAGAAAACAAAAGCCAAAAAGAUUAUCAAACUGCUGGAUGGAAAGCGAUCUCAAACUGUAGGAAUUUUGAUAUCCAGUUUGCACCUGGAAAUGAGGGAUAUUCAACAAGCUACACUAAAUGUGGAUGACUCCAUAGUCGACCUGGAAACACUGGAAGCACUGUAUGAGAAUAGAGCGCAAAAGGAUGAACUGGAGAAAAUAAAGCAGUAUUAUGAGACUUCAAAAGAAGAGGAACUGAAGCUCUUGGACAAACCAGAACAAUUUUUGUAUGAGUUAUCCCAGAUCCCCAAUUUUGCAGAACGUGCCCAAUGUAUAAUCUUCCAAUCUGUUUUCUCUGAGGGGAUAACCUCAGUGCAUCGAAAAGUGGAUGUUAUUACUCGUGCUUCUAAGGAUUUGCUGGACAUGAAAAGUGUGAAGGAAAUUUUAGGCUUGAUUUUGGCUUUUGGAAAUUAUAUGAAUGGGGGAAACAGGACACGAGGUCAAGCAGAUGGAUUUGGUUUGGAAAUUCUUCCGAAACUAAAGGAUGUCAAGAGCAGAGAUAACGGUAUUAAUCUUGUGGAUUAUGUUGUCAUAUAUUACCUACGACACUUGGACAAGGACGCAGGAACAGACAAGAGUAUUUUUCCUCUACCGGAACCACAAGAUUUCUUCCAGGCCUCCCAAGUUAAGUUUGAAGACCUAGUAAAAGACUUAAGAAAACUGAAGAGAGAUCUAGAAGCCUGUGAAAAGCAGAUGAGCGUCGUUUGCAAAGAAUCUUCAGAACAGCAUCUCCAUCCCUUCAAGGAGAAAUUGGAAGAGUUUAUUCAGACAGCUAAAGAAGAACAUAAGACAGAAGAGAGCUGUUUGGAAAAUGCACAAAAAAGCUUUGAAGAAACAGUGGGAUACUUUGGGAUAAAGCCAAAGUCUGGUGAGAAGGACAUCACACCAAACUACGUUUUCACUGUGUGGUAUGAGUUCUGCAGUGACUUCAAGACCGUUUGGAAACGAGAGAAUAAAAACAUUUCCAAAGAAAGACUGAAAGAGGCUCAGCAAUUCGUAAGCAAGUUAACUGAAGAGAAAAAGGUUGAAACAAAGAAAAUCAAUCCCAUGGCUAGUCUGAAAGAAAAACUACGUCAGAAGGAAGCCAGUGUGACCACUAACUGAAAGAAGAUCCAUGAAAAUAAUGACAGUGUGACUUAAUACCUUGCAUGAUGCUUUACUAUGCCCGUUCCCCAGGGAGCACCUUAUGUUAAUGUUAUGGAGUUCUGCUUUUCUCAUCUCUUUCUGAGACAAUCCACUAAAGACUUUCCAAUCCCUUAUAAAGAGUUUGCUCAUUCAGUAGAGGAAGCACUAAGAAGCUGUUUACAGGGGAAUUUAUGAAGGGUUUUAUAUAACUCUUCCUUACCUGGCUUAAAAUGCAAUUCUUUUCUAAAUGGUUAUUUGAAGUACUCUAUGCAUAGUGCACUAAUGCGGAAAACAUAAAAUCAGGAUUUUGGAUGUUGAAUUAAGUAAUAGUUAACAACCUCUAUAUUGCUUACUUUAGCUUCAUGUAGAUUACCACAGAGGUACUGUUCAACUCAUGAGAAGCUAUUCUAUCAUAAGAGUUUAGACCUCACUAUUAACUGAGGGCAACAUUGAUUCUAAAUCAUGUUUGAUAGUCUAAAUAAGUAUUAAAUUCAUUUUGUUAAAACUAAUGCAAGUUUAUUAUAAUUAAUGUAUUCUGUAUUUUAUUACAAUUAUUUUUAUAGAAAACUCAGUCUAUGCCAUAUGCAUUGAAAUAGGAAUAAUAUUUUGCACAUGUGGAGAGAGAAAUAGCUUCAGAUUCUGUUGUCUUAUAAUAUGUAGAUGAUAUAACUGGCAAAUUAUUUUUAUGGUUUUGACUUGAUGUUUCUUACAUGUUCUUCAUGUUGCCUGAUUCAAAAAGACAAAGGACAGAAGCAUUUUUAUUUCAAAUUAUCGAUGCCAUAAGAUAAUUAUUUGUCAUCAUUCAUCUAACUGUAGUGCAUAACACAUCUCCAUAAAGUCAUAUAUUUACUGCUAAAUUUCUGGCUUUAAAUUAUAUUGAAGCACAUAUUCUUUAAAAAUAAGCACCUCACUAUAAAACAUAUUACACAGCCUUCUCUUGUCUCCCCAUAUAUUUAUAUCUGUAUGUAUAAGACAAAUAUGUACUCUACUGUGUUAGCAUUUGAGGAGGAAGUAAGAGAAUCUUGCUAUCAUCUUGUCAUAAUAUAACCACUCUUUGUGAAGUAUCGUUUAGGGCCUGAACCCAUGAACUGCUGAGUGCCCUGAGCUCCACUGGUAUUUUCAGGCACUCAUUACAUCACAGGAUCAGGUUCGUAGAAAGAGAGAUCCUUGCAGCAGACAAAGUUUCAAGGUAGAAUAAAAAUAGUGAAUAUUAAAAAUAAAUAGAACUUUUGUUUUAGACCAGCAAUAGACUGCAACUAAACACGCAGCUGGGUAGGGAUCUUAUAAAGAAAACUUUCCACAAUUACUAAAUCGUAAAAACCUUCUGACUGCUAGGGUCAUUACAAUAUAUGACCAAUACAAAUGAAAUAAUGAUAAAGCAAAAAGUAUAGGACAUACAGUAAGGAAAAUAUUAAUCCCUUGGCAUGGUAGUUGAAAAGAAUAUACAUGAAAGAAAUAUAUUGGGUUAUCUACAUAGCAAAUGAGAUGCAAUAACAAUAGGUAUGAAGCAAGAUUGAUAAGGUGGUUGUAUAUUUAUUAAAGAAAACAAUAGUUGUAUCACCCCUAUUUAUGUUUCUCAUUUGGAGAGUUCUGAACAAAUAGAGUUAAGGGAGGUAAGAUAGCCUUAUAUAUUUUGGAAUUUGUAGCUGCUGUUGAUAGACUUAAUAUGUGUAAAUAUGCUACCAAUGAAAACAAAUUGAAUAUGGAUGAAUGGAGGUAAAUAGAUUCAUGGGGAGGAGGUGUUCCCCCAGUUAGCGUGGAAAUUUGCAAGAACAUUCGAGCGCUAGCAAUAUGGUGGUACUAUUUUUCCAAUGGAAGGAAAGCAAAUUCCAAAGAUCAAAAUUUUCUGUCUUCCAUCAAACCAAACACAAACAUAAGUGAAAUGCAUCUACUUUGGCAAUCAGCAUUAAUGAUAUACAAUAUAAGCGAUAUACAACAUAAGCAAUAGUGCUCAUACAAGCCAAAGAUUAGAGAACAGCAGUAGGCAAGACGAUUUUCAUGAGUCUCUAAGCAAACUACUGUACUGAAUAUUGUUCUGUACCUGUCAAAAAAUUCUGGAAUAUUGUAAUUAGAGCUAGAUGGGAAUUUUCUGACAAAACAUUUUUCAUCAAAAAAUACAAAUUAAUCAAAACAGAAAAUCUUCUUGGGAAAAGAUUGCUUUCAACAUAUCUCCUGGUGUGAAAAAUUGUCAAAAUUUCCCAUUUCAACAUUUUUUAAAUGAAAUGUUUAAAUUUGGGGUUCAAAAUGACUUUUUGUUUAGAAAUAGUGGUUAAUUUAUACUUUAAAAACAUUAAGUCAAAAUUGAAACUAAAUGUUUUAAACUUAUAUAAAUGAAACCUUUCAAUUGGUGCCAUCUGAAUUUUUUUCUAAUUCUUGGUUCAUGAAAUUUUUUGAGAUUUUUGACAUUUUGUCCCAAUUUAGGGAGAAUUUUUUUUUUCAAAAUUUCAGAAUUUCUCACAAUGGGAAAACCAGUUCAGUUUUCCACCCAGUUCUAAUUGUAAUUAUUUUUUUUCCCCUGAAGAGGGCGAUUAUGUUUCAAACUUCCACCCUUUUAUUACUAGCGGGAUUACUACUAGAUUAAAUGGAAAAGAACAUCUAGUUCAUUUGAUCCAUUCCCCUGCUCAGGAUUUAAUGACUUUUGUAAGCCUUAGUCUAAGUGAAUGGACAUGACCAGCUAAACUGCAUGCUGGUAGACCGCUGGCCAAUAUCCACAAGUGGCCAGAGACCUUUAAUACUCGUGCCAGUAUUAUGAAGUUAUUCUAGCAGAAAAGUGGCAUUGGUGAUUAAUAGAUAUUAUAUUGAGGCUUGGCAGAAUUCAGUUUUUAUUAUUUUGAAGAAUAAUAUUGCUGUUAAUUUUAAGUAUUAUUUAAAUUUUUAUCAUUGCAGGAAAUUGGGGGGGGGGUGCAAAGGAAUCAGACAAUUAUUUAAAUGAGAGUAAACAUUGUAUUUCAAACAGUUAAAGCUUUUAUAACCAUUAAAACACAAAUUGUCAACAUCAGAUGUUGAAGUAUACAAAGUAAAUAUCCUUAAACUCUUUAAUAAGUUCUCAAGCAGCAUUUUUUCCUACUUUGCCUGUCUGUAAAUUUCUAUUAUUAUUGAUGAAAAUAUUUUUGAGGGUUGAUGUGUAUACGGUGAAAUCAACAGUUACUCACAUUUACUGAUUAAAAAUUGAAUCCUUUCAAGCCCUCUUACAUGUAUAUGUAAAUUAUAUAAUUAUGCACUAUUUAGGUACUCUAGAUUUAACAGAGAUCAGCCUGAAUCAAAAUCUGGGAUGUGAAUACCCCUGAAGUUUCUGUCUAAUAACACAAUGACACAGCAUAAAGUGCUAUGUCAGGGAAGUUGAAGGCACUUCAGAUGUAUUUUGAGGACAGAUUUUUAACCUGAGCUUUCUGAUCUGGGGAGGAAUAGAAAAGAUAGAAAGGAGGAGGAAAGGAAGACGUAGAAAGGAAAGAAAGUCAACAGUUUCUUUUCACCCCCUUGCUAUUGCCUGGCCUUUGGAGGUUUGUAAAGAAGACCAGUCUAAAAGGGCCCUAUUUUUCAACAUUACCAAGGAUAAACAUAUGAGACCUACUGCACAUUAGCUUGCUAGGUAAGGUUCUGAAUAAAUUAUAAUGCCACUGUAACUGUGAAACACUGUUUCAUCCAUUAGAUUUUGAGAGUGAGGGGAAUACCUAUAUUGCUGUUACCUCUUAUUGCUUUCAAAAUGAAACAGGUUAUUUUGCAUAUUAGAAAUAUUUUAACAAUAUACAUUAUAUAAUAUUUAUGACUUUUCUUAUUGAUCUGUCCAUGAGUGACCUAUGGAAGUCUGUCUUUUAUAUUGUGUGCCUUAUUGUGAAAAUCCACCUUUAUAAGUUUAAUGAUCUAAGAAUAUAUUUAGCGUGAAAUUGGAAGAGGUUUGUGUGGAGAAAAAUACUAAUAGAAUGAGCCUGUGAUCCAGUGCAUAUGGAAAUUUAAACAAACUGGAAUCAGUGAAAUACUCAGAUAGCAGAAGGAGAGAUAACUAACCACUGUACAUUUGAGUCAUCUACCAGGUGAUGAGUAAAAACGUGUAAAAUAAAGAAGUGCAGUUGUUUACACAUCAUAUUUGAAAUGAACACCUUGUCAAGCAUGGAGUGUUUCAUAGAAUGUUAUUUCAGGAAAAUUCCCCUUGGGAAUUUUAUAAAACACAGGCUUGUUUUCUUUCUGGUUUGUAUCACAGAGAACCCCAAGUGUAAAGAUUGUACUGUAAAUCAGACAUUUGGAGUCUAUUCUUUCAUCCAAGUGCAUGGGAUUUACACAUGUAACCAUUGUUAUAAAUGGAAAUUUCCCUUUCACUUUAUUAUUGUUCCGCAUGAUUUUAAACAACAUGAAACACUGAAAGCUAAAUAUUCCCCAACCCAAACUUAAUAAAGACAAGUGCUGAAAUAUAUAAGCAUUGUAACAGAAGGAAAAAUACUUUGUAUAGACAGGAAAAAACUUCAACAUAACUUAUGAACCAAAAUAUUAAUAAACAUUAAACCUAUUUUGUAAGUCUUAUCAGCAGUUACAGGGGCUUAGAUCACCCUGGAGACAUCCUCUUGGAAUCUUCAGACACUCUGAGAAUUGUUUUCAGUGCUCUCUCUUAAACCUUUCAAGUAGUCCUGGAAGAAACGAAGUUUAGCUUAGGAGUCUAAUCUUUCUAAACUAUUGAGGAUGUCUCAGCUUUUUCAGUCCUACCACCCACUGGAUCAGAGGACCAGGUAACCUCUUCAGCCUUAUCUACACUAGCAUUUUUUGGUGAAUCCAGCUAACAUUGCACUAGCUUGGGCAUUUUUUUAUAACAAUGUCAUCUAGACCUUCUCUGAAGAGGGUUGGAUGGCAUGGUGGUGAAAAUGCCUGAGCCUUCUCCACACAAAUGCUCUGACCAUUGCCACCUCUCUUGAAGCUGUACCUGAUGCAGUGCAAGUGGGAGCUUUCCUCCAAAAUACUAAAGAUAGACAUACCUUUAGCGUGGCUAUCAACUCCCCCUCCACACCGCGUGUCACAGCAGCCAAAGAGUAUCUCAGUACAAUAUCAGCUCCAAGCUGAAUGUGAAGCCAUUAGUCUCCAAAUAAAAGAUGCUUUUAUAGAAUGGACAUCUAUAGAUUUCCCUGGAGCUGCUGUCAUCCAAGAAGGAUGUUGAUAAAUUGGAGAGGGUUCAGAGAAGAGCCAUGAGAAUGAUUAAAGGAUUGGAUAAUAUACCUUAUAGUGAGAGACUCAAAGAGCUCAGUCUGUUAGCUCAACAAAGAGAAGGUUAAGGGGUGCCUUGGUUACAGUCUAGAAGUAUCUACUUAAGGAAUUAAUGUUUAAUAAUGGGCUUGGCAGUCCAGCAGAGAAAGCUUUAACAUGAUUCAAUGGCUGUAAGUUGAAGCUAGACAAAUUCAGACUUGGCAAUAAGAUGUAAAUUUUUAACAGUGGGGGGUAAUUAUUGGAGCAAUUUAUCAAGGGUUGUGGUGGAUUCUUCAUCACUGACCAUUUUUAAAUCAAUAUCAGCUGUUUUUCUAAAAGAUUUGCUGUAGUUAUUAUUUUGGGGACGUUCUAUGACCUGUGUUAUACAGGAGGUCAGACUGUGAUCACAAUGGUCCCUUCUGGCCUUGAAAUCUAUUAACCUAAAUUCAGUAGUACCUCAGUGGAAUUCCAUCAAAACCAGUGCUUACUGUAGCAGCAUAUUCUCAAUUCUGGAGCUCUCUUGUUUUCAAAAAUCAGGAGAUUUUCUUUAUCUAGUGUAAUCUGUAGCUGUGCAGGCUAGGAUAGUGGUACCAAAGUAAUCAAAUCUCAUGAUUUUUGGUGCUAUCUGUAAAGUUUGAAAGAAAUGGUUUUUUUUCCUUAUGCCAUAACAUUUCAGCUAGCCAAGUCAAUUGAUUGGUUUGGGUAUUUUUUUGUUUUUCUUCUAUUAAAACAUUAAUAUUGGCCACUGCUGGAGGAAGAAUAUGUGAUUAGAGGGACAACUGCUUUUAUCAAGAAUGGUAACACUGACAGUUUGCUUAUUUACUUCAAUCUCUCUCCAUAAUUGAUGUUUGUCUUCUCAUAGUCAAGCAUUUAAAAAUUGCCUCUAAGCAGGUUGUGAAUAGCUACUGUCCAUCUAAUUGGCCUAGUUGGUUUCCAACUGAAACAUGAGGGGCACCGUUCUGUUGCCCAUGUGAUUCACAUAGCACUUCUUGUCCUGGUUUUCCAAUAAACUCAUGGCAACUUCUUUUUCUGCUCUAAAUGUUUUCCAUAUCUGAUGAAUGCCAAGCACAGUGGAAGAUUGCAGUUGUCUGUUUGCUCAGUAAGUAAUGCCAUUCCAUUUUGAUUAGACCUGCAUUUUGCUUCAUCACUUAGGCCAAUAUUUUCAAAAAUGGGUGCCUAAAGUUAGGGGAUUUUCAACAGUGCCCAAAGUAAGUCACUUAGGUGCUUUUGAAAAUCCCAUCUUUACAUCUGUACUUAGGCACCCAUCAAAGCUGAACAUUGUAGAAAAUCAUGCCACUUAGUUCGGAAUCUAACAAAGAAUAUGUUUUUUAAAUUCUUGGCUCUGGAUGAGUAUAGUCCAGUUUUGUUGUGGACCUCACUUUACUUUCUGAGGAAUUUGUAAGUGCCUAUUAAUGGGCUUUGGGUUGGUAGUCUUCUGGCUUCUCUUAGUUAUCUUUGUUUUGGAGAAAAUUCUGUUUGUUUGCCUAUAAUUAGAAAGCAAAUGAAAAGAAUGAGGUGACUUGAUUACAGUGCAUAAAUAGUUUUAGAAAGAGAAAAUACCAGAAAUUCAAGGGCUCUUUAGCAAAGAAAGACAGAACAAGAACCAAUGGCUGGAAGUUAAAUUCAAAUUAGAAACAAGCCUUAAGUUACUAACAAUGAGAGUGGUUAUUCACUGGAACAACCUACCAAGGGAAGUGAUGGUUUCUCCAUCUCUUGAUGACUUCAGAUAAACACUGGAUGCUUUUCUGGAAGAUGUGCUUUAAUCAAACACUAGUUUUUGGGCUCAAUACAGGAGUAAAUGGAUGAAAUUCUACGGCCUGUGUUAUACAGGAGGUUAAACUAGAUGAUCUAUUGGUCCCUUCUGACCCUAAAAUCUUUGAAACCAUUAAUGAUAUUCUUAAUCAGUAAUUUUAGUCUCUUACAUAAAACUCAGUAAGUCAAUUGUUUUUCCCUCUUCAGCACAUCUAUAGUGAAAGAUUAGUGUUCAAACUAAAUGAAUAUUUGUCCUGAACACUCUGUUUUUAAGCUAUUUCCACACUAUGAGCUAGGAUUGUGAUUCCCCGCUCGCAUAGACAUAAUUUGUCAUCCGAGGUAGUAGACUAAAAAUAGUAGUGUAACUACGGUAGCAUGGGCAGCGACAGCCACAGCCCAGGCUAGUUGCCUCAAAUAUGUACCCAAGGGGGUCUUGUACCCAAGACAGCUAGCCGGUGCCACUGCUGCCCGUGUUACUGUGGUCACACUACUAUUUUCAGCCUGCUAGCUCAGAUGAGAGCUAGCACGAGGAUAUCUGUGUGAGCUGCAAAUCACACCCCAUAGCUUGUAGUGUAGACAUAACUUUAAUUUUAAAAAUCAUUAAUAAUAGUGAUAGUGUUUCAUAGAACAACGUAAUGCAAUAAAUUAGUCCACAACAUUAACUAUAAUGGCAUUUGUAUAUUUUAAAUGUCUCAAUAGAUAGAAGAUGCACUAAAUUGUUUUAUUUACCUACAAUAUAGAUGCACAGUUUUAACUUCAGCUUUACAAAUGCCUCCAUCAAAUUUUUUCAUUGUAUAAUAAAACUUGAAUUGUAAACUUAUUUAAUCAUUUAAAGGAUCUAAUUUGAUAGCAGGUCAAAACAAUAAGACAAAAUUAAUCGAGCUGGUCAAAAAAUUAAACCCUAUUUUUGCAAUAAGAAUUCAAAAUUUCAUAGCAAUAUAGGGCUGGAAGGGACCGCAAGAGGUCAUCUAUUGUCCAUCCCACCAUACAGAGGCAGGAUUAAGUAUACCUAGACCAUCCCUGAGAGGUGUUUGUCUAACCUGUUCUUAAAAACCUCCAAUAAAGUGGAUUCUGAGAUAUUUCUGAUUAGAUUCUUUUUGUGCCUCUAUCACCUCAAAUGUAUCAUCAAAAAUCUAAUAUAUGGUAGAAUGAAGCCAUUUUAGAGGGCCUGAUCCUGUAAGCACUUAUGCAUGUGAGUAGCUUUACUAGUGUAAGUAAUCCUGUGGGCCCAGAUCAUUGCCUCCUUCAGGAAAAUCCACGGGAAGGAGUUGUGGGGGAGGAUAUCUCGGUGCCAAUCCACUUGUGGGAGUAGUAUUUGAGGGUUCUGACUUACGUUUCAUAUAUAUUUUCCAUAUCUAUCCAGGCUUCAGGUGGAGAGAGACUGUGGCAUGCUUGAAAAACAAAAAGCUGGAAUAAUAUCAUUGCUGACAAAACAAUAUAAAGCUCAGUGCUUUUCCUGUGCAUCAUCACUGCAGAAAGUCCAGAAGAGACUGUCUACUACAGUACUGCUAGUUUUGUUUUGUUUUUUUAAUUAUGAGAUUUUCUUGUUUUAAACAGAUAUGCAAACUAUAGCUUGGUGGCUACCAGACUGUCCUCUAAAGAGACCUAAUUAUCAGACCCAAACAUUUUGCUCAUAAGCAGCAGAUUGGGUACACACUUAAGGGGACACACAACCAGGGGCAGCCAUUGCAUUUCUGGUGCCCAAACCAGACAGUAUCAUCCCCAAACAGGGUGAGAAGUGGGGGAGGCUGGAGGCGGGGGAUUUAAAAGGCUGUAGGAUUGUAGGUUCAGAGAAGUGAUGCCAAAUGAAGUACAUUCUUGCCUUAAUGCACUGGUUUUCAAUUACAUUGAUCUGUGAGUAAAUGCAAAGGAAAGAGGAGACUCUGAGCUCAUGCUCAGAGAUGGCGUGAGUAGUGGAUGUUUUACAGAGACAUGCUAAAUGAUAAGUAAUUUGUUUUUUUGUAGGUGACAGAUCAGCCUCCAGGAAACUUGUAUCUGUGACUAUCCAUCCACCCUGUUACCAGUGGGAUGCCUCUUUCAAAUGCAAAUAGCAAACAUGCCAGAAGAGUAAAUUUAGCUUGAUUGAAAGUGUUUGCCAAGUAUUUGGGGGCUACCGUUUGUAUAUCUGUUUAACGCCAGAAUACUUCAUAUCCCCUGAGUGCCAUGGCUAUGCUGACCUAACCCCUAGUGUAGAUGCAGCUAGGUCAAUGGAAGAGGGCUUCUGUCAACCUAGCUAAUGUUGUUCGAAGAGAUGGUGUUCCAACAAGAAAUGGAGAAAUCUCGUCUGUUGCUAUAGAUUGUGUCUACGCUACAGGAUUAUGCCUGCAUAGCUACAGCACCAUAGCUAGUAGUGUCCCCAUAGUAUAGAAAUGACCUAAAUCACUUAGGACACUUCUGAAAUUUUUAAGGUGUGUUUUGUUUGGGGGAUGUGUUUGGUAUAGAACUAUUCUCAGAUAUUUCUUUCCAAACUAUAAACCCUAUAGCUAGCCAUAGUUGUAUGUUAUAAGAAGCAAAAAUAGAGAAGGAUUAAUUUUGGGAGACGUGGAGGCUGAUAGAUAGACAUCAGGAUUUAGCAGGCAUAUGGUGUGAUUCUUAACAUUUUAUUUACUUCUUUUGAAAAGCAGCUUUCAAAAAUCUUUCAAACUAGUACUAGUUCAAAGAGACUUCACUUAAAAUUUGCACCUGCUGAGCAUGAUUGCUGUUGUGUCCCUUCCCAUCUCCCACUCCAUAUCCCCUGCUACAUGCUCAAAAAAAUAUCUAAAUACAGACCUCUUGGGCUGUUAGGAAUUCGCUGUUAGGAAUUCACUCUUAGGCAGAUAUUUUGUGGUGCAGUUGUGUUGAUUUUCCUUUUAGAAUGUAGCAGAAUGGCACAUACUAUAGCAGGUUUCAGAGGAGCAGCCGUGUUAGUCUGUAUUCGCAAAAAGAACAGGAGGACUUGUGGCACCUUAGAGACUAACCAAUUUAUUAGAGCAUAAGCUUUCGUGAGCUACAGCUCACUUCAUCAGAUGCAUACUGUGGAAAAUACAGAAGAUGUUUUUAUACACACAGACCAUAAAAAAUGGGUGUUUAUCACUAUAAAAGGUUUUCUCUCCCCCCACCCCACUCUCCUGCUGGUAAUAGCUUAUCUAAAGUGAUCACUCUCCUUACAAUGUGUAUGCUAAUCAAGGUGGGCCAUUUCCAGCACAAAUCCAGGUUUUCUCCCCACAUACUAUAGCAGUAUCAUUAGUAUUAGGGGAGUGCAUCUAAUAUGUUCCACAGACACAGCGGUUAUUUUCUUUACCUGUGUCAAUAUCAGAUUUGUUUAAUAAAACAACCGCUUUGCCUAGAUGCUAUCACAUAUGGCCGCAUUAGAUGUGUUUGCUGUUUCCACCCUUAGUCCCAUAACAUUUGCAGCAAAAAUCCUGGAACAUUCACAUUGUGGAGUAUUUUUUUCUUUUAAGACUCAAACACUAAAAUACAUUAUAAAUAUUCAAGAAAAAUAAGCUAAUGGGAUCCAGGUACUCUUUUCCUUUACAAUGUGACAAUAUAUAUCUCUCUCGUAUAUCGGAACUUUUCAUUUUGUCAAAAUACCAAAAUAUAUGCAUGAGUUGAAUUUGUAAAAAGGAAAAAAAAGAGGAAAAAAAAAGUUGCAACAAAAUGAAGUAUUUAUUUUUUAAGGAAGUGUUAAACAACCAUUGUUUGUAAAUAAUAAAAGACUAUAUUUUCCUCCUCACUAUUACUCUUCACCAUAUCAAGUGUAUUUUUGUAUGUAAAAUAUAUUGUUUAGAUAGUAUAGAUUUCUCUAUUCAAAGAAUUCUGUUGAGAUAGUAUGUUUUACUAAUCCUGAUACAGUUAAUAAUCUAGCUCCCAGUGAAUGUAUUUAAAAAGAUAGAAUCUAUUUUUUGAGUCCGCAAAGGACUAAAAUGUGUGGCUUACAGAUGUCUGUUUGCUGAAGGUAUUUUAAUAAACGUUGGUUUUAUUUGUGUC